UUUAAUCAACAAUGGUUUCGAUAAGUCUUCGAGGGAAAAACUAGUGUUUAGUCUAAAUUGGUCCGUUGUUAAAACAUUAUUUAUUGUUUUCGCUCAGAGUUAUAUUGAACAGUUUUAUUGCAGUAGCACGGAAUUUCGGAAGUAGAUUCCACAAUAAAAAUAAUUAGUCGGAAUAUCAUAGCUAAUAUGUAUUCCGAAUCCAACGCUACAAGUCUACCAGAAGUGGGAAACACGAGAGGAAGAAGUGAUCGGAUGCGUACUUUAAUCGCCUUUUGGAUUUUGGGGCUUUGCAAUAAUUACGGAUACGUCGUGAUGCUAACAGCUGCUAACGAUAUAAUUGAACAUAAUAUGGAUAGCAACUCUGAUGAUACGAACACUACGAGCAAUGCAAGAGACUGUACGUACAUGUCUACCGGUGCAAUUCUGCUAGCUGAUAUACUUCCCGCCCUUCUGGUAAAAUUUUUGGCUCCAUUCAUCCCAUUCAUGGUGCACGUUCGAGUUGCAGCCUGUGUAAUUUUUGCAGCGGCAGGUUUCAUAUCAGUGGCGUUCGGCCAAAAUAUAACUUUGGCGCUCAUGGGUGUCGUCUUUACUGCCUUUUGCUCUGGAUUGGGCGAAGUCACCUAUCUGCAGUAUAGCUCGUUUUAUCAAAGAAACGUCGUAUCAGCAUGGAGUUCCGGCACUGGAGGAGCAGGAGUUAUCGGUGCUCUUUCAUAUUCCCUGCUCCAGUAUUUUGGGAUGAAAACGUCGCUGCUGAUCAUGUUGGUAGUACCAGCAUCAAUGGCUAUAUCAUUUUGGAUCAUUCUCCCGAAACCAAUGACUGAUCAAAUCCCGACGGAAUUUGAUGAAGAAAAAAUUGAAAUUCCUCAUCCAGGCUUUUUGGCAAAACUCCGGCUCAUUCCUCGAGUUUUGAAGUACAUGAUUCCGUUCGCCUUGGUGUAUUUGUUUGAGUAUUUCAUUAACCAGGGAACGUUCGAAUUAAUCAAGAUAAAAAAUUCAUCGAUUCCCCAAGAUUCUCAGUACAGGUGGCUUCAAGUAACUUAUCAAGUAGGAGUUUUCAUCUCUCGAUCAUCAGUGAACUUAUUUCAUAUUAGGCAAACUUGGAUUAUGGCCUUUUUACAGGGAGUAAAUGUGAUAAUUUUUACCACGGAAGCUAUUUACUAUUACAUUCCAAACUUUUACAUCGUCGUUGCUUUGGUGUUAUGGGAAGGACUUUUAGGAGGGUCAUCAUACGUCAACACUUAUUAUAGAAUAUCAACAGAAGUACCUCAGGAAAAUAAACAAUAUUACAUGGCCAUAACGGCAUUUGGAGACAGUGCCGGUAUAUCUUUGGCCGGAUUAUUUGCUAUCUUAGCUCACAACAAAAUAUGUGAUAUGCCACUUUAAGAAUAAGUUGGUUUGUGUGUGUGUGUGUGUGUGUGUGUGUGUGUGUGCUUGCGCUUUUAGGUAAUAGUAGUUUUUCCAAAAACAGAUACUCGCAUUAAUUUAAAUUAGUAUUUAUUUAUUUUUAAGUAAUUAUAAUUUAUUUUCAAAUAAAUGCUGU